UCGAGUUGGAAGUGCAUCUUUUGGAUGCAGAAAACAAAGUCGUGGACAACGUGGCCGGGACCCAGGGCCAGCUGAAAGUGCCGGGUGCCAACCUCUGGUGGCUGGACCGGAUGCACGAACGCCCCGCCUGCCUAUACUCGUGGGAGAUCCGAGGGAAGGACUUCGACCUGCUUUGCUGGCUUGGCACUAACGCCUUCUGCACCAGCCACUAUCCCUACGCAGAGAAGCUGCAGAUGUGUGACCGGUAUGGGAUUGUGGUUAUUGAUGAGUGUCCCGCUGUGGGCCUCUUGCUGCCAUGAGUCCCUGCUGUGCACCUGCUCCGCCUGGCCAGCCCAUGGGCCACACCGUGCCUCUGUCCCUUCCCUCCUGGCCCGCGGCAGCUCUUCAACAACUUGUCUAUGCAUCACUACAUGGGGUUGAUGGAAGAACUGGUGCACAGAGACAAGAAUCACCCUGCCCUGGUGAUGUGGUCUGACCAACGAGCCUGCGUCCUACCUAGAAUCUGCUGGCUACUACAUCAAGAGGAACCCUGUUGUGAAUCUGAUACUUAUGAGGCUGUGGCUGCUGCAACAUCAGAAUCCACUACUGUAGAGCCUGGCAAGCUGGAUGUGGGAGCCACAGAGGGCCACGACCUGCAGCACAUCAACAACAAAAAGCUGCCCACAGGUCCCCCUGAGGACAGCCUGAGUUUAAAAUCUCUAACACCAAGUGAGAAACACAUUGCUGAUGUCCAGAUUUUACCAUCAGUUGUCCAGGGUUCUUCUGAGGACAAUCUGAAUUUAAUACGCCUACCGCCAAGUGAAACUGGUGAUUGGGAAAAUGAUGAUAAUGAUGAGGAUGAUGAGGAUGUUGAUAUCAUCCAGAUUUUCCCAUUGCGUGACCAAGGUCCCCCUGAGGACAGCCUGAGUUUAAAAUCUCUAACACCAAGUGAGAAACACAUUGAUGAUGUCCAGAUUUUACCAUCACUUGUCCAGGGUCCCCCUGAGGACAGCCUGAGUUUAAAAUCUCUAACACCAAGUGAGAAACACAUUGAUGAUGUCCAGAUUUUACCAUCACUUGUCCAGGGUUCUUCUGAGGACAAUCUGAAUUUAAUACGCCUACCGCCAAGUGAAAUUGGUGAUUGGGAAAAUGAUGAUAAUGAUGAGGAUGAUGAGGAUGUUGAUAUCAUCCAGAUUUUCCCAUUGCCUGACCAAGGAUCUUCAUGUUGACAGCUGGGGAAUAGCCCAGCAUCAACUCAGUUCAUGCUUGUCAACCACCUCCAUACACCACAUCCAGCAAAGCUUCCUGAGUGACUCAGAGUCCUCUGAGUCCUUCCAGCUUGGCCUGAGGAUGGCCUGGUUUUAAGAGGCUCACCACAAUGCAAAGAUGAAGAAGAAAAAGAAGAUGAUGAUGAUAAUAAUGAUGCCCACAGAAUAACAGAUCUGUGUGAAGCGCACAGCAGAAUCUGAUUCUCACGAUGUUUUCUUUUAUAUAAUUGCAGGGAACAGCUUGGAAAGAAAAUGACUUGACGCUGGAGAGUAUAAGUGACAAGAAGACUCAUCCAGUUAGGAGCUACGUGCCAGGAAAAACCCAAUGGGAAAAGGUUCCCAGGAGCCUCCAGCUUGGCCUGGGGACUACCUGUAUGCAAGAUAUGCACUAGGAGAUGCGUAUGAAGAUGAAGAUGAUGAUGAUGCUGAUUGUGAUGAUGAUGUCCAUGGAACAGCUUGGAGAGAAAAUGGGUGAAGCCCUUCUAGGAGCUGACCAGGGUGCUGACUCAAAGGGAAGGCCAGCACGUGCUGCAGGGACGUCUGAGGGAGACUCAAGCUCUGCAGUCAGGCAUUUUCCCAGGCUUGGCGUAAAGAAGUGAUGGAGACUUUCCUGUGAUUCCUAGGCUCCCCUCCUGGACAGCACCAGGAAUGGGCCUUCGAGGGGGCUGGGCUUCAGGCCAGCCUGGCGGCGUGCUUGGGUGACUUGGGAGAAUGUAGCUGUUUGCUGGGAAGAUCUUAAGGAGGAAACCAGAACCUCUCCCUGUCCCAAGCUUUCAUCCCUGGGGGAGCCUGUUAGGACAGAGUUCAUCCUCAGUCAAAAGAAAGUGCAUCUGGUUUCCCAUUUUACCUUCCUUCCUGCCACCCAGAGUGGGAGCAGGCAAACCUGGCUGAGGAGAGCCACACCCAGCCACACCCCAUGGGUCAAUCACUGGAGCUUCUGAAACCUGGGUGGUGCCUGGUACAGCUGGGUUCCUUCCUUCCCCCAGCCCAAGUUCCUGCCCCCAGCUUUGUCCCUGGAGGUCUCAAUCGUGCUCUCUACAUUCUGAGGGGAACUCUUGGCCCCAGCAGAGAGCAAAACUCCAAGUGCACCUCCCAUACACCCCCCAGCACUGGGUUCGGCCUGUACCAUCCGGGACCUGGUGCUUCUGGGCCUGGAAUUUUGCCUUUGGCAAGAGAGUGAGAAGAGACGUGACUGCUCCAGGAACGGAAAGUGCCAUUCCGACUUGAAAUAAAGAGACUGAGCGCAUUGA